AUGUUCAAAAUCAAAAUAAGAGCGCCUGAAGGUCUUGGCAGCGGCCAGCCUCAGACUUUUGAGUCCUCUUGGGGCAUUUUAGACCACGCCAUCGAUGCGAUAUACGAUAACCAGGUCAAUACACUCUCAUUCGAGCUGUUAUACCAUACUGUGUAUAGCAUGGUGCUAAGGAAGCAGGGCAAUGAGCUCUAUUCUAAUUUACGAAAGGCUGUUGAAGAGAAACUUUUCAAGGCAAGGGGCGCAAUCGCAGGUCCCGACCCCGAACUAUUGUGCGACUUUCUGCGUGUGUGGGAGAAGCAGUGCGACUGUCUGCGCCUAGUGAGUGACUUUACAAUGUAUUUGGACAGGGUUUACUGCAAGGAGAAUCGGGUACCUUAUGUAUAUGACCUGGGUCUUGAAUUAUUUCGAGACACUAUUAUGUUUCCUCUUAAAAGAGAAAUUCAUGAUCUUUUGAUACAGCAAAUAAACGAGGCACGACUAGGGGGACCACACAUUGAUUUCGAACAGCUCAAAAAGGUUGUUGACGUGAUGGAAACACUGCGAGAUGUUGACGAUACUUACUUUGUUCAUGAGUUCGAGCCUUUUCUAAUCCGAGAGACCGAAUGUUUCUAUCGCAAUUUCGCGAGGAACAACAUUGGCAACGCGGUUUUAUACAUUCAAAAGAUCAAGACCCAGUUGGAUAUUGAGAGCGGCCUUGAUUGCCAAUUUUUGAACAAAGACACCUCGGCAAAAAUCUUGAAGGUCGCUGAGGAAAUUGUCAUUGCUGAGAACACAUCCUUUGUGUUGAGCGACGGGCUUCCGCAGAUAUUGACAGAAAGGGACUACUCAACUCUGAAGCUGCUUUUUCAAUUGUAUCACAACCCAAAGGACAAAAGUGGACUUCUAAAACAUAUGUCUCAAUGUAUGAUAAAGGAGGCUAUGUUGAUCGAAGAGGAUAAUACCCUCAAGAAAAAAGGACAGGUAGCUGUAAAAUGGACUACUGAAGUUAUGCAGCUCAAGGAAAGUUUUGAAAAGGUUUUUGCAACGAUUGGAGAGGACAGCGCAAACAUCUACAAUACUAUUAAUGAAUCCUUUUCAACCUUCUUGAAUCAAAAUGGCAAAAAGACUGCAGAGUACUUGGCAAUUUACAUUGAUUCAUUUCUUAGGUCUUCGGCCACAACAGACAAUAUUGACCAAAAGUGGCUAGAAAAUACUGUUUCAAUGUUUAAACUGCUUCGAGAAAAAGAUGUUUUUGAGAAGGUAUACAAGCAGCAGCUAUCAAAAAGACUUCUCCAGCAACGUUCGUGUCUCAAAACUGAGAAACUGGUAAUCACUAAGAUGAAGGAAGAAAUGGGCAUUGCGUUUACAUCAAAGUUGGAAGGCAUGUUUAAAGACAUUAUUGUAUCACAAGGUUACAAAGCCAAGUUCGAGCAGUCCUAUGGCUCUCCUUUUGACUUCGAGGUCAAUGUGCUGACUCCCCCUUGUUGGCCUUUCCAGUUAACGGCUCUUGAACCAGAAGCAGAGCUUCCCCCAACGCUAGAGCGCUUGAAACUGGACUUCGAAAACUUCUACAUCAAAAACCAUUCUGGUCGCUCCUUGAGAUGGGCUUAUCACUUGGGCUCAAUGGAGAUUGGAUUCCAUUUUUCAAAGAGCUAUCAUGAAAUUACCAUGCCUGUAUACGCAGCAUUGAUUUUUGCGCUAUUUGAGAACCAGGAAGAGCUUACAGCGGAGGAAAUUGGCGACCUAACAAAAAUACCUGAUCACGAACUCUUAAGACACCUUCUCACUAUAUCUGUUGCCCCCAAAACAAGGCUUUUAAAAAAGCAGCCUUUCAAUAAAACUGUACUUCCAACCGACCGGUUCCAGGUCAACCAUGCUUUCCAAGCACCGACAGUUAAAGUCAAAGUACUUGCGGUUUUGCCAAAAUCCGAUGCCAAUGUACACCACAACACACGAAUCGAUGAAAGCAUGCAAGAUUUGUUGAAAGAGCGUAAAGGCUGCAUUGAUGCUGCCAUUGUUAGAGCCCUCAAGUCUCUCAAAGCGGCAAGUUCUCAGUCGCUUUAUGAGUGUGUUGAAAGCGAUUUGUCAAAUCGCUUCACUGUAACAGCCACACUUUUUGACGAGAGUAUUGAGAGGCUAAUUGAAAGAGAAUACAUUCAGCGAGACCCCGAUGAUCCUUCGCUUUGCCGAUAUUUACCGUAA